AUGGCGAGGAAGAAAAGAACACCCAACUUUGAGCAAUUCACUGUCUUAGAAGAAACCACUGAUGGCAUCAACUACCACCACUACAUCGUUUCAUGGAGUCGUGACAUCGUGCAGCAUACAGAAUACGUAUCUGCAUGCAACAAAGUAUCUGCACGAACGUCCUUCUAUACUGAUGUGGGUGAUAAAGAUGCACCAUCAUUUGAUCUGUCUGAACUCUGCAGGCCAACUUCUGGUAUCCCUGAUGACAACGAAGACAUAGAUCUCUUCAACCUGGACCCCCAGUAUUUAGAGGAUGUAGAGAAACUGUGUGGACAUAAGCCUCACCGCCGUGGUGCAGGGGAAUGGGUUCCUGAAAUUAACAACUAUCUCGCCAAGAUGCUGCAGCUGGAGGGGCAUUGUGGUUUUGACACCGAGCACUGCCAGUUUUGUGAGGAGGGCCCGACAAUGGUUCAUUGCAAGGCGCACUCCUUUCCAUCACGUGCAGCCACAUCGAUGAACCCCAAGACAGCUGCUACUUUCCAGCUUUGCCGAUAUACACACCUCCUGAUGACUCAAUUCAAGACCUCUGGCUAUGAAUUCUACCAGAGCCUUGCCCGGCUGACCGAUAACACCGGUGUGCAGAUGCCUAAGGAUCAUUAUUCUGCCUUCAUGCACAUUAUGUGUAUGUGGAGGCAUCUCAAAAUGCUGAAAUGA